AGCAUAGCAACAUGGAGCCGCGUGCUUUCCAAAAGCCCUUUAAUUAAGGAUCGAUGCUUUUGACUACAGUCGGCGUUAUAUUCCCAAACCCUAGAGCUCAUCCACGGGGACCAUGUGUUGUUGGGCUAGGCGCAUGUAUGAUGCAAUAUUGUACUUCCGGACAAACAAGAUUAAUGAGCCGGGCCCGGCAACAAUAAGUAUCACGGCUUUACUCCCACGAGUUGUGUUUACAGGUUGUGAGACUGCGCGAGUGCCGGAGCCGGCAGAGACGACCACAAGCUGGACCUCCAGCGUUCAAAUAAUUUUGACUCCCGCCCCCGUUCAACCAUCCGUCAUUGUAUUCGAGAAGCAAGUUCAUUCCGACAGAGCACAUUCCCGCAAGUGCUUCCUCCUGUGCAGCCACUCUGGUAACCUUAGAAGAAAAAACCCCAUCUUGGGACACGUCGCAGACAAAACUCUCAAUUGGCUUGGAAACGCGUUGCAGUUUUCACUGUACACGUGCUGCAACCACUAUCCCGGGGCACUAAGUCGGGCUUCUACACGCGUCCUCGGCCACCAAAAAAAAAGUAGAAAGGCAUGUCUGGUCUUGGGGACAUGACAGAGUCGCACCAGCAAUAUUGGCCAGCAUGCAUGGGAUGUGCACAGUCCUACAUCUUUUCGGUGGAUUCUUGGAAGAACAAAGCGCCAGAACAAAGCGCCGAACAAACCACCGAAAGAACAAACCACCGAAAGAACAAACCACCGAAAGAACAAAGCGCACAAGGCGUUCUUUUAUUUUUGUCUUUUUGCUUUGAGAAUGUUGCACCUGCUCCGCCGCAAGUGGAGCUCGGUGUUAUGAGGCCAUGGCCCGAGCUCACUGGGCAGGCAUAGCACAUUGCAACAACGCCCUUCCAUGUAUGCACGUCACGUGCCGCCGU